AUGCCCAAAUGGUUUUCUGAUCAAGCGUUGGAACGUGACAGUAAAAAAUAUUACGUGGUGCCUGAAUCAGAGCUGCAUGACAAUGAUUGGUGGCAACUUCUUAUGGAAGUCGCCUUCUUCUCCAGAGAAGCUCUUUGUUUGCAUGCCAAUCGACCCUUGGAGCUCAAGAAGGUUGUUGUAGAAACUUUUGAAGAAUACAUAACAGGGCUCUUACAAGUGUUUUGUGCUGAUCCAUCAAGCCGCACCAAAAACAAUAGAUGGGGAAUACAUUUGGUUGAUGAUCACGUUGUCAUAGUUAGGAAAACCAUGGAUGGGAAUCAAGGACAUAUGGGUCUUGAAGUUGCUUUUACCAAAGAACAAGAAAAGGAGUACAUGUGA